UGGUUGGUGGUUGUGUCAAAUUUUACAUUGUAUGUCCUUUCUAUUUCAUUAGGGAGUUCAAAGCAUAUAUAAGAACUCAUCGUGCUUCUAGAUCUCCAUGUCCAUUAUUGUUUUAUUUGUCGGAGGACCAUUUCUGAUAGCUACAAAGCAGUUUUAUCUGUUGGGAAAGAAAGCUUUAGGUGUUGGAUGGUUGUUAUAGUUGUUCUAACACUGUGCUAUAGAAUAUACGGAUUGUUUCUUUCUCAUUAAGUUAGUCUUAAAGGUUUGGAAUUUUGGCAACUUUUCUCCAUGGCGUUAAAGGAUGUUUUGGACAAGGACAGCCUUUUCUCCCCGUUUCAGGCGACUAUGGUCUUCUUCCUCUGUGCUCCACUAACUCUUGUAGGUACUCACAACCUUAUGCAGAUUUUCACAGCUGCUGUACCACCUCAUCACUGCCGCUCUAACAUCACAAUGUACCACAACCGCCUACCAACAGAUCCUUGUACUCGUUUUGUUUCAUUCCUGACCAAUGACACGGAGUCCUGCAGUGAGAAUGAUGGCUGGGAUUAUGAUCUGAGUGUAUACACAUCAACUAUCAUUAAUGAGUGGAACUUGGUGUGUCAACGGGAAUAUAUGAAGGAAUUGGCCCAGUCCCUUUACAUGGCGGGGGUUCUGGUAGGAGCAAUAGUAUAUGGACCACUUGCAGACAGAUUUGGACGGCGGGUUGUACUUCUGUGUUGUCUCCUGCAGAUCGCCACUAUGGGAAUAGGAGCUUCGCUCUCUCCCAACAUCAUGGUAUACUGCAUCUUCCGUUUCAUGACUGGCAUGGGAAUCUGUGGCUUAAUCAUUAAUGACCUUGGCCUCGCCAUGGAGUGGACUCCUCAAAGAUUUCGCCCAAUGGUUUCCAUGCUUCAAGGUUACUGUCUUUCCAUAGGGCAGACUAUCCUGGCAGGUGUGGCAUAUGCUCUAACAGACUGGCGUUGGCUGCAGUUGGCACUGUCCCUACCUUACUUCAUCUUCUUUAUUCUUGUCUGGUGGGUACCCGAGUCUUCUCGCUGGCUUCUGCUGAAGAAGCGUACACAUCAAGCACUUACUAACUUAAAUCGUGUGGCCAGGAUCAAUGGAAAGAAAGGGGACAGUACUAUCACGCUAGAGAUGGUGAAGCUUGAAGAUCAAAAAGAUAGUCCUACACGGAAUAAUAAACUGACGCCCGUUGACUUGUUCCGUACCCCUGCAAUGCGCAAAAUAACCAUUAGCCUCUGUAUGUCCUGGUUCUCCGGCAGCUUCUGUUACUUUGCUCUUGCAAUGGAUAUCCAACGAUUUGGCCUCAGCAUAUACUUGGUUCAAGUUGUAUUUGGCUGCACAGAAAUCCCACUCAGGGUUCUGAGUUCCGCAACUGCUGCUUACAUCGGCAGGCGAUUCACAGUGUUCUCCUCCCUUUUCCUAUCUGGGGUCAUUAUACUUGCCAGCUUGGCUGUCCCAGCAGACAUGCUCAUGCUACAGAUGACUUUCAGUAUCCUAGUCAGAGGAUUUCUUGGUUCUUAUUUCGUAUGUGGCUAUCUCUAUACAGCUGAACUCUACCCCACAGAGCUCAGACAGACAGGCAUGGGAUUCACCAACAUGAUGAUGAGAUUGGGUGCUGUGGUCUCACCUCUAGUGACGAUGACAAAAGCGUAUAUGUCGUUUCUACCUCUUUUGAUAUUCGGUGUGGUGUCCACUGUAUGUUCAAUACCCCUUCUGUUUCUACCAGAGACACUCAACUCUCCCCUUCUCGACACAGUGGAGGAAGUAGAGAAAGGGAAUCGUAAAGAGAUUAACAAUAAUACAACAAAGGAAACCCAAUCUGUACGGAACACCAAACUGUAGAGAAAUUUCCUUGCACAACAUGUGACACCCGAUAAGACUGUAUUCGAUACUGCACGAUGACAG